UGGCGACCAAUAAAUCCAUUCCCUUACUUGCAAAACUAACCGUUGGAGCGCUCCACUCUCUCUCUCACUCUCUGGUUAGCUACCUUUUUAUCUCCCUGCUUUUCUGAACCAAACUCCAGGCAAUGGCUACGUUGGAGGAAAUGUCGCCGCCUUCCGCUCUCAAUUACACGCAGGACAGCAAGGGGUCCAAAGGUUUUUCUCCGACUUGUUGCAACAGCUCGUCCGAUGAAUUGUUGUGGAAUAAACUCAGAAGCAGGACGGACCAUUUUGUGGAGAAAAGAAAGAACGAAGGGUUAAAAAGGCGAUCCUUUCCUGAUGAAGAUCCCUUGCUCUCUGAGCAAAAGGGCACUGAAGAAGCUGAAAGAAGCAGGAAGAGAAUGAAGGAGGGCGAUUCGUUUCUGCUGCUCAAAGGAUUAGAUUCGAUUGCGUCUUCCCUCUCUCAGCUCACCAACUGCCUCGAUUCUGCAUUACAGGGGGCAACGGAUCUCUCUAAGCCCAGAUUGGCGGAGGUGUUCUGUAGCAGAGAUCCUGCAACGACGGAGCAAGAGGAAGGUCAUCCAAGACAACCACCAAAAGAAGACGGGACAUCCGAUCGCGAUCCUCUCUCUGUAAACAAAUCAGGAUCCGCUGCUCCUCCUCAAUCCAAGGAAGAGGAGAGAGGAAAGCUGAAGAACGCCCAAAACCUCGCAUGUGCAAUGGCAACAAAAGCAGCUUCACUGGCACGAGAACUGCAAUCGAUUAAAUCGGAUCUGCUUUUCAUGCAAGAAAGGUGUAACCUUCUUGAAGAAGAGAACAGGAGGCUUCGAGAUGGAAUAGCUAAGGGCCUCAGGCCAGAGGAAGAUGAUUUGGUGAGGCUGCAACUGGAAGCACUUCUAGCAGAGAAGUCAAGGUUAGCUAAUGAGAACGCAAACCUCACGAGGGAGAACCAGUGUCUUCACCAGCUGGUUGAGUAUCAUCAAUUGACGAUGCAGGAUCUCUCUGCAUCACCUGAUCAGACGAUAGUGGAAGGGGUGCGCUUGGACUUCUCAUCGCUGCCUGAGGCAGAAGAGGAGGAAGGACCGCCAAGAACCCCAAGGACCGAUAACAUUGGGUUCUUAUACUGUGAUGGGCCUCGUGAAUAGCUCAGCCCUUGCGCCUAAGACGACGACAAUCCGCUGCAAUGGAAUAUAGAACAAUUUGUUUACCGCAUCCGAAUGAUUGGCUUUAGCUCUAAAACCAACAUCGGAACAUUCGGUUGUUAUCUGUGAUAGGCGUCUUAGAGAUAGCUCUUGCGACGAUGACCGCAGUGAAACAACUACUAUUUGUUUAUUGAAAUAAUAUUUCUUUAAUCUAAAAUAAUAUUUCUUUAAUCUAA